GCUCUCCCGCCAUUCCCGGCGCUCCCGCCAUUCCCGGCGCGCCCGGCCCGGCCGCCAUGCGCUCCGUCAGCUACGUGCAGUGCGUGGCGCUGGACUUCGCGGGCAGCCUCUUCCCGCACGCCAUCUGCCUCGGGGACGCCGACAACGACACGCUGAAUGAACUCGUGGUGGGAGACACCAAUGGAAAGCUCUAUGUUUACAAGAAUGAUGAUAGCAAGCCCUGGGCUGUGCGAUCUUGCCACGGAAUGCUCACAUGUGUCCGUGUGGGAGAUGUGUGCAAUAAAGGAAAGAAUUUCGUGGUGGCGGUGAGUGCAGAAGGCUGGUUUCAUCUUUUUGACCUGACUUCUCUGAAUUCAAAACACCCAGAUGCUUCAGGCCACCACGAGUUGGCAGGGGCAGAAGAGCAGAAGCCCGUGUUCAAGCAGCACAUUCCUGCCAACACCAAGGUCAUGCUCAUCAAUGACAUUGAUGGAGAUGGGAAGUGUGAGUUGGUUGUGGGUUACACUGACAGGGUGGUCCGUGCCUUCCGCUGGGAGGACUCGUCAGAGAAUCCAGACCACGUUUCUGGGCAGCUGAUCCUGUUGAAGAAAUGGCUUCUAGAAGGUCAGGUGGACAGCCUGUCUGUGAACCCAGGCCCUGAUGGCUCACCAGAGCUGAUGGUGUCACAGCCAGGCUGUGGCUAUGCCAUCCUGCUGUGCACCUGGGACACGGAGCAGCGGGACACAGCCACGGGAAGGGACGGAUCUGCCCCGAGCAGUGAGGCCCCUGUUCGAGAUGUGAUUCUACACCAAACAUCUGGGCGGAUUCACAACAAGAAUGUCUCCACUCAUCUGAUUGGUAGCAUUGCCCGAGGCUCCAGUGAGAAUAGUGGCUCGGGUCUCUUUGCCCUCUGUACUCUGGAUGGAACACUGAAACUGAUGGAGGGAGCAGACAAGCUGCUCUGGUCUGUUCAGGUUGAUCACCAGCUCUUUGCUCUGGAAAAGCUGGAUGUUACAGGCAAUGGGCACGAGGAGGUGGUUGCCUGUGCGUGGGACGGUCAGACGUACAUCAUCGACCACAAUCGGACUGUGGCCAGAUUCCAAGCAGAUGAGAAUGUCAGUGCCUUCUGUGCAGGCCUCUAUGCAUGCAAAGAAGGGAGCAACAGUCCCUGCCUUGUUUAUGUCAGCUUCAGCCAGAAGAUCUACAUCUACUGGGAUGUGCAGCUGGAGAGAAUGGAGUCCACCAACCUGUUGAAAAUCCUCGAUGGUGACCCAGAGUUUGAAAGUCUCCUGCAGGAGCUGGAUAUAGACAAAAACGAUGUUGAUGCUGUCAGAAACUUGAUUCACAAAACACUCUAUUUUCCUGAGAAAUACCAUCUCAGCAGCCCCUCACAGGAUCCUGCUGGAACAGAUUCUUCUGCCCACUGCAGUGGCAUCCAGGAUCCCUUGUAACAAGAAGGCUGACGUCUUUAAUGCCAGCACAAGCUUGUCUGCAGCUGGAAUUGGGCAUCUGAUGAAGAUGACUGUUCUUUCCCUAUCUUGUGAAAACUUCCAAAUAGGAAAGGGUCUACAGGCUGUGAAGGGAUGUUCUUGGCUGUAGGCUUGCCUGUGGGUGGGUUGGUUUGCCUUUAUAUGAGGCAGCUACAAGAAGAGAAAGUGCCAAGGAUGCUGCAUGCAGGCCUUCUGUUGCCAGUUUCCAUAUUCCUCACUAACUAAAGCGCUCCACUGGUCACUGUGAAGGAGCAGUGGGGUCACAGAUGGAGAGAACAGCUGAGCCAAGUCCCCAUUUUGACCUAUUCUUACAAGUAUUUCAGUGAAUACUUCUGAGUUCUUAGCAGGAUCACAGUGCAGGAAGUGGAGAUGGAGGAACUGAGUUAGGGUGCAGGCAUGGGCCUUCUCUCCCACCUAGGUGUAUUUAAAGUAGAGCCAUGCAUUGUUUGUCUUUGCUGCUGCUCUUCUGCCAAGCAGUUUCUUGCAAAUCACCUGUUCUGAGUAGCUGGAGACAUGCACAAUUUGCACUAAUAAGGUGUGGAAGAUAGCAGCUCCAGCAAACCCAGCUCUAGUCAAGAGUCAUUGCUUGUCUCUGUCUUCUUGGGCAGGGUGAUCCCAGAGAAGGCUAUGACUUAACAAAUCAGCUGUGAAGUGGUCGGUAAGACCAGUCUGACUUAACUGUGGAUCUGUGGUGCUAUGAGAGCUUGGCCAUCCCACAAUAAGCAGUGGAGAUGCCACUCUUGCCUCUUGUUGUGGAAGUGUCAUGCUUUGAGUCCUGCACAACUGAAAGGGGUGGGCUGGAAGUGAUGCCGCACUGGCUGGCAUGAGGAGUCUGGUAAAGGGGAGCUCGUUUGCAAAAGCCCAGGCAUGAACCUUUCCACAUGCUGUUGUCACUGUGCUUUUCCCUCUCUUAGCUUGUCUCUUGCCUAACUUAGCUUGUUAGGAAAGGGGCAGCAGGCCUACCUGCUGGCUUGCAUCAAUUAUCCCCUCUCACUUGUGUGAUGUUUUAUUGGACAUGUGUGAUGGAUGGAGCUGUCCCUUCACCCUUACAGCAGCCUGAGUCACAGCAAACACAAUUCAGUGAUCUGGAGCAAGUGGCAGCAUUUAAAGAUCCUGCAGGCGGUUGAAAACCUGCUGUGCUUUACUCUGCAGAAUAUCCAAGGGCAGCCCUAACUGGGAGAAAAUGCUUUGUAUAGAGAAAAGGAUUGUCUUGCCCUUGGCUGAAAGUGACUAUUGCUGAAGCAGCCCUGUGUGGCAGAAGGGCAGGAUCUUUACAUAAUAAGCCUUAGCUAUUCUUUGCAGUUUCCCUCUGUAGAUUUAUAUAAGCUUUUCAGAGGAUAGUGCUGUCUUCUGCAUUUGGUAGCAGUGGAAGAUGGAGCAUGGAGCAGUGAAAUGGUGUGGCUUGCUCUGUACCUGAGCUUGCUUCUCAGGCCACUCUAUCUUCUGACUCUCUAACUGCAGUAGAAGUUUCUCUCCAUUUUAAUGGCCUUGUUGAGAAGCAUUUUUAAAUGUUCCUCUGUCCUACUAAGUGCUUGUGUAAAACUGAACCCUUCAGGCAGGACCUUUCAAGUAAUAAUAAAGUUUAUUAACAGUGGUGUUCAGA